GGCGUCUGCUGGACGAUUUUUGAGUUUUUCACGUCAAAUUUUUGCACGAUAUUGUCGUUUCAGAAAUAGCUAUCCGAUAAAUAAUCGGUAUAGCACAUGGAUGAGCCUGAUGAAAUGGAGGCAAUUUAUACGAAGAGGUGUUGUCCUAGUUCCUGGCUUUGCAGCACUAAGGGGAUUCACUUUGUGGUCCAGCACAAAAAGUGAACCUGAAAAGCCGAAAAAUGCCUGUCAGAUUGUCAUCGACAAAGCAGAUGAACUUUACAGUGAAAACAAGAUGGAUGAGCUGUAUGCAUUGCUGAUACAGCACGCCACUUGUGAGAAUGCGGAGGCAUUGUGGCGACUGGCCAGGGCGGCAUAUGAACAGGGUCAGCAUGCAAAGGACAGUGAAAAAAAGAAGAAAUUCAUGUAUGAAGCCUAUCAACACAUUCUAAAAGCCAUGACAGUGGAUGAUAAGAACUUUGCUGUCCAUAAGUGGUAUGCCAUACUUCUGGAUAUCGUAGGUGAAUACGAGGGGACGAGAAAAAGAAUAGAAAACUCGUAUAUUGUGAAAGAGCACUUCGAGAAAGCUGUGGAACUUAAUCCCACUGAUGCAACAUCCGUCCAUACUCUGGGAUAUUGGCACUUUUUAUUUGCUGAUUUACCAUGGUACCAACGGAAGAUAGCAUCUGUGGUAUUUGCUACUCCACCUGCAUCAACAUAUGAGGAGGCUCUUGAACUAUUUCUCAAGGCUGAAAAAAUUGAACCUAACUUCUACAGUACAAAUCUCCUGAUGAUAGGCAAGUGUUAUAUGCGACUAUCCAAGAAAGAAGAAGCCAUUGCUUAUCUGAUAAAGGCAAGGAACUACCUUGUCAAGAAUAUACACGAUCAGAAGGCACAUGAUGAAUCGAAGGAUCUGUUACUUCAGCUUGGUGUGACGACACCUGACAACUGAGAAAAAAACAAAAUUUUCCUCCGACAUGCGUAAUUGAGGGUCGACGUUCAACAUAAACAAUCAACGUUGAGAGGAAAAGGAAGCUGCAUUCUUAUUAAUCCCAAAAUCAAAGUGUCUCUUGUGGGUUUGAACUUUCACAGCGACUUGACACUUAACUGUUACUAAUUGGACGACUCUUGUGAUACAUGUAAUUGCACCUGCUUGCCACGGUUAUGGAGCUUCUAGAAGUGCACUUUUAGCUCUUCGCUCCCAUGAUUAAGAUCUGGAAUCGACAUUGAUAUGACAUAUUUUUGGUCCAGGUUUUUCCAAAUUUAGAUGGGUCCAUAUUGGUUUUGGUUGGCAUCAUGAUGCUCUUAUUCAUAUGUAAUGUAAAUAUGCAUUGUAAAUAUCUUGCACAUCAUUGUUCUUGUACUCACUUUGUUAAUAAACCAUAUCAAUUACA